AUGGAUAUCGCAUACGACCACAUCCAGGAGGAGAUCCUUACCUCCAACAAGGAGGAGGGAGGUGAUUCCAGCACCGAAAACUCCAACGCCAGCUUAAACACUGAAUUCCAAGAGACCUUCCGUGCCUUCUCCGCCAGUCCGUGGGGUACUCGAAUCGGAGGACUUUGGGACAAUGUCCGCAAGCAGGGCGAGAGCUACUACGAAGGCGCCCGACAAGAAUAUACAGCAGUCAGUGAGGAGGCAGUAAAGGGAUUCUCUGGCUUAAGGGACAGCAUUGCCGACCGAACAAAGGGGCUGUCGCUUAGCACCGCGACAUUGACAAGUGGCAACGAAGGCUCAAAGGAUGAGGCUGCCACACCAACCGCCUCGGCAGAGGGCGAAUCCAAGGGGCAGACAGAAGCUGGCGGGUCUAGCAGUGAGGGCUUUAUUUCUCGAUUCAAGGCCGAAGCCGCUCGACGACUCAGGGAAAUCGAGAAGGCCGAGGAAGCUGCUGACGAAGCCAUCUUGCGGUUCGGACUGAACAUCAGCCAGAAGCUGCGCGAGGCUGUCAGUAUUGUGCCUCCCGAAACGGACGAGUCGGGCAAGCUCCUAUUUGAGAGCAAGGAUGCGGAUGGCAAGCGGGUCAUCCAUGCGACUCGCUUCGAUGCGCAGCUGCACGUCAUUCACUCGAACCUGGACAGUUUUACCAAGGACCCUGCCAGUGACAAAUUUGAGCAAUUCAACAAGGAAUUCAGUGUCGAUGCGAAGACUGACGAGAUCGCUUCUCACCUGGAGAAGUAUCCUGAGCUGCGAUCUGCUAUGGAGAAGCUUGUCCCCGAGACUGUAGAAUACGCAGACUUCUGGACUCGGUACUACUUCCUGCGCCUUGUCAUUGAGACCGAGGAGCAGAAACGCAAGGAACUCUUGAAGGGUGCCAACGCGGACGAUGAGGAGGUCGGCUGGGACGAUGACUCUGACUCCGAGUCUGGGUCUCCUUCUACUCCCCAGGUUCGCCCUGGAGCCCAAAGCCUCGCCCCAGAAGCCCAGAAGACGGACCCUCGCCGAUCUAACGACCAACACUCCCAGGCUGAUAGCGAAUCAAGCUAUGAUGUCGUGAGCGGAGCUGUCAGCCGCACCCCCGGUUCACCAAAGGAAAAAAGCUCCGCCACAGACUCCAAAGCAGAGGAAAGCGACGAUGACUGGGAGUAG